UUUCGACUCGUCGUAGCUCGGCUAGUGCCAGAGGCAGCAGUAGUCGAGAGGAAUCGAGUCGUUCGGCACAUCCCACGGACGUAGUCAGCCGCAAUCUGCCGAUAUUACCCAGUCGUAUGGGGUCAUCACCAGCACUAGGGACGAGAAGUGGAGAGGAAGUAUUACGCCAAGUUCUUCAACAACGACGGCGAGCGAUGAGUUCGGACCUGCAAGACAUUUGUUUGAAAGUUUUCAGUGUGAAUGAUACUGUUGAUGAUUUGCUCGAUUUGUGCUAUGAUGGAGAUCUCGAGAAAAUACACUAUUUAUUAGUGGACAGGAUGUAUCGUGUGAUGGAGGAGGUGCGGGUUCAUGACGGUCGUAUUUUGUCGCGGCCACAUAGCAGCAACAUGGAUGAUGAUGAUGAUGGGGAGGUUGGAUCUUUCUCUGAAGCGGCAGACUCCGGGAGAUCUCCAGCACCUCCACAGCUGGUCAAGCCUAUCUGCAUUGAUGAGCACAUUUUCGAGAACACCCUUACGGAAUUCUUAGCAGUUUUAUGGUAUACAUGUUUGCCACUUGCAGAGGAGGCGAAUGACGUUGAUGCUGAUGAAGAGGAAGUUAAUACUACUACUGCUUUGUUGGACGACGCGUUGGCGGCGAGGAAAGGUACGGGGAUUUCCGAGUCAGUAAUUCAACAGAUGGGUGGGAAGGAUGCACCUGCGAGAAGGACCUUAUCCCGCGUACCGUCAAUUGGCAAUAUCAAACAAAAGUGUCGCAGAAUUAUUCAGGAAGCUAGGCAUGCUCGGCAACGACGUGGUGGAAUGAAAGCUCAUGGCUUUUACGCUAAAGUGAAGCGCCUGUUGCCCUGGAGAGUCCGAUUCUUACUUGGUGGGGAGAUUGUGGGAUCGGCUGAUAGGUGGAGUCAGGUCCCAUACACUAAUCUCGAGCUGAAGUCCUUGUGGAGCACAUUUGGACAACCGACCCACUGGUUUACGUUGGAGUACACAGACGAUGCAGCACUAGAGAAGGGGUUCCAAGUCGACUUUGCUAUACGAGCUCGGAAGUACCCGUAUUGGUACUGCUUCCUCGCGAUGGAAGUGGUAUUCUUCAGCACGUCACUGUGGUUCCUCGAGAACUACUUCAUGUUGCAACUUGGUUUUGGUGCAAUUUGCGGUACGGCUGUAAUUGUGUGGAUGUAUACCGCGCCUCUGGUCCUGGACUAUUAUACAUGGAAAAUACACGAACCGCUUACUUUUGCUGUUAUCGUUGCUGCUAUAGCGGGUAUAUUCAACCUACGAUUCGUCCAUGUUAUCGUUCUGGCGAUAUAUUUCUUUAUUUGCAUUUUAUCCCUACGAUGGAUAGCUGUGGAGAGUCCUGCGAUCAACACUGUUCUCUUCGACUCGCCCGCGCCGGACUUGUUAUUGUUUGUCGGUUCGGUGGCUCUCAUAGCCACAGUGCAGUAUAUGUACGAGUCCCUCUGCCGUAAGGACUAUGUUCUCUCACUCACCUUGGCCACGGAGUCCGAUCGAUCUGAACGAUUGCUCUCUAAUGUGUUGCCGGGGUCGAUCAUUCGGCAGUUGAAAGAAAACCAGGACGAUUUGCUACGACAAGAAGAGCAGCUCGCGCAGCGUGAUUAUGACAGGGGAUCUGCAAUUACUUCGUCGCAGCGGUUGAACUAUCAAAUGACUGUUGGUUUUGCUGAAGCGUAUUCGUCUGUAUCGAUAUUGUUCUCUGACGUUGUUGGUUUUACUACUAUUGGUUCGCACAUCACCCCUGAGGAGUUGGUACAGCUCUUGAAUGAGCUCUUUACACUCUUUGAUGACAUGGCCGAAGACUGUGGGUUGGAGAAGAUCAAAACGAUUGGAGAUGCGUAUAUGGCGGCGGCGGGUCUCCCUAACCCUAAUCCUAUGCAUGCUCAAGCGGCUGCUAGGAUGGGCCUCCGGAUGAUAGAAGUGUUGGAAGACCCAGGCAUAGUUGAUGAUUGUGGUUUGGUGGAUCAUUUGGGGAAGCCCUUGAGGAUCCGAGUUGGUAUGCAUAGUGGUCACUGUGUUGCUGGUGUGAUUGGCCGUAAGAAGUUCAUCUAUGAUGUUUGGGGAGAUUGUGUGAAUACUGCCUCAAGGAUGGAAUCCCAUGGUGAGGAGAUGAGAGUACAUUGUACAGCAGAAACUGCACGAGAGUUGAGAGGCUCGUUCGAUCUUACUUGUCGUGGGUUGAUGGAAAUCAAAGGGAAAGGAAUGAUGGUCACCUACUUUGUCGACAGAGAGAGAGAACAUAGUCGUUUGCGAGACUACAGCAGUAACACGUACUACUGCUCUACAGUGGCUCCGACAAUAACCCACUCGGCUGAGUCAGAUGACGACGAUGAGGACUCGGAAAGAGGCUUGUUAGCAGUGCCCAAAGUUGGCAGGUCUUCCUCGUCAGAGAACGCUGCUAUAGACCAACGACCUGGUAGGGGUAGACAACAGAAGAACGAAAAGAGACGAGUUACUAUUGCUGGUAUUUAACAGUAUUAUUUUGUGUGAUUUGACCCACUUGAUGCUUUUCAUUU